AUGAGAUUGCUUACAAUCGAGGAACUAUCAAAGGCUGAUGGUGAGGUUAGGAUAGGAAAUGUGACGGAAGAGAUACAAACAUCUUCAAGCCGCAGCGAACUACGGCGAGUUCUGAGAGGCCGCACGAACACUGGCACGCUAAUUAACUUUUGCGAAACCCUCCAGAUCAAUUAUUCCGCAAUGGUGGAGGAGAUGGUCCGUUAUAUCCAACGGACUGUAGCGGAUGAGCUGCGGGUACCUACCAAUUCCUCAGAACUGGGAUUGCUUCCGGUGGAGCAAUUUACCAAGCUCGAAAUUCCAGUCCCAGACUUUCAAUCAACAGACGUCUUCCAGAUCCACCGGGCUCGCUGUACUGGAACAAACACUUUCCGAAACGCAGCGCUGAGAAACGAUUGGAUAUGGAUCCAGGUUGGCGGAGUGGACAGUUGUGGGGAUCUACGGGGGAGGUGUGUCGCACGAUUAUUAGGACUUUUCAAGAUAAGAAACGUGCGGAGCAAGGCCGGAGGUGUCACUCGCCUGGCGUUGGUUCAAGUGCUCGAUCCGGUGAAUAGUGGGAGAUUUUACAAUAUGAGUGGACACAUCCGAGUUUGCAAGCGGUCCAGCGGGCGGGAUAUGCGGAUCGUCAAUAUAGGAGUAGUGAUCGGG